UCGCGUUGUAUUGCAUUUCUAUGAAUAGGUGUUUUUUUAAAUCGACUUUGCUAAACUUACGCUUUAUAUUGGGCGAAUCAAACUGGUUUGAAAAAAUGCACUUUAUAACAAAUUAUAAUUAUAUAAAGAAUUAUAACAAAUGCAUUUAUACCACAUGUAAAUAUGCUUGGAACAAACCGCCAUCAAUCAAUUUUGAACAAUGGUGUUACGUCUCCAUCUUGUCUUCGUGCGUCGUAUUUUUUACUACGUGCUUUCCACGCCAGGGUAAACCGCGUUCCCUCCAGUCGAUUCCAUUGUCUUACCCACCGUAGGCCGGAAUGUUAUACCUCCUUAUGUGACGAAGCCACCACCCGCGAGGUUUAAUUUCUCUUCGGUUUUAGAUAACACUAUGUGCUCGGUAAAUAAUCGAAUGGAAAGCGACCGAUAUGGUGGCAGUUCUGUUUAUACCUCAACGUCUGUUUAUACCUCAACGUCAGAAGAUAUCAGGUAGCCGAAAGGAAUAUUGUAAUUUGGAGCGAGAAUUAAACCCAUAUAACUUAGCUGGGGAUUGCUAUUAUUAAUGGGACAUUACAGAUUCAAACUGGCAGGCAAACACCUCUAUGUAUCGCAAAUAUUUAACAGCAUGAGACAUCUAUAAAGCUGUCAAAGUAAAGUGCAGAUUCCUAGUUAACUAUUAGAUGCGGAAACCAGGGAAAAAAUCAUUUCAAAGUUGUACAACGAAGAGUGUAGUUUAUUCCCCGCUUCGCUGUAUUCUAAUUUUGUUUAGCUAUGCUAUAGCAUAAUAGGAAUUAUACCAGAGAAUAUUUAAACCAUGUUGAGUGUAGUAAAAUGUGUGGUAUAAUUAGAGACAAUUGAAAUGCUUUCCGUAACAUUUACAUGCCGUUACAUCAACAGAAUUGAUUUCGUUUCAAUAAUUUUGAGAUUGUAUGCGAUAUGGACAAGAUGGAACUAAUUGUUCGUGAAGCCUUUUCGACAGAAAAAGCCAGCAAGGAAUCGCCGCUAAAAUCGAAUGGGACAGCGGCGCCUUCGAAUGGUUUCGGUUCCCGGGGAUUCCCACCAGAAGACAAUACAAACCCCUUGCCCAAACCUCCCCUGCUAGUUACUGAACCAAGUAGUGACACGGCAAAUGGUAAAGAUAAAACAAAAGUGCAACAAAGCCCCAAUGAAGACACGGAAACCUUAAAGGUGGAUAUGUUCAACACGGGACAAAACAUUCCAAGCAGGCCCACUUCCGCAGCUCACAAAUGGAAAGUUGUGCAAUCCGUGGUAUCGGCGAAAAAAGCUUUUCAAAAUUUGCCGCCAAAAGAAGAGCAGAAGGUACCCAGCAGACAUAUGUACGGUUCGAAAUCUGCAAUACCAGUUCUACCCUUACCUCUUGCUAUAACCUUUCUCGUGUGUAAUUGUAUUGUGCCAGGCUUGGGAACCAUCAUUUCCGGCUUUACAUUUUGUUGCGUUGCGACGACCUACGACUGUAAAGACAGAACCAAUAUUUCCCGUAAACUUCCGUGGCUGAUCACAACCAAUGUACUAGUCGGCAUUGGGCAGCUGUUUACCGUUACCUUCUUUCUAGUUGGUUGGGCAUGGAGUAUAUCAUGGGGAAUCACAAUGGUUUAUUUAGCACUAGAUCGCAGGAGAUCAGCUACGUGAUCUUUACCCCAAUCGCCUAUCGGUUUGAGAGAGUGUUUUGGGUUACGCUUAGAAAAUAUCCCUCCUAUCUGUAUACGCUGGAUGUAAAGAGCGUUUUCAUGGCAGAAGUUGCGCAUUUGGCUCGUCAAUCAGAAGACCGUAGAACAUCAAUACGAAACUGAUGGGUAUUAGCCGAAAACCCACAUAAAGGGAAAUCAUGGGAGGGCAUAAUAAGCCAAUAACAAAACUUAGGGAAUUCUUUUCAUUCUACUAUUUUACAUACCUGUAUGGGUAAUAUUAUCCACCGCAGAGCCGUAUAUGUGUAUAUGUCCUUAGACACCCCACAAGGUUAUUUCGCGAAUCUCUCAAGGGUAAUUUUUAUUCCUGUCAAUCAUAUUAUUCCACCCUGUCAUGCAAAUGGCCCCUUCCAUGUGAUUUGUAAAUGGAAUUUGUGGUGCUGUUUCUACACUAUACAUUUGACUUGUUUAUGUUGAUUAAAUUGUUUGUUUGCAUUAUAUAGCAAUAACACUUCGAACUGUUCUUGUAAGCAAUGAAUUUGAUACCUUUUGGUUACCAGCUGUUUUUAGCAUGACUUAUCUUAGGACAGGGGUUGGAACUGACUGCAAAUUACAGAUUUGUGCUUUGGUAUGUGUGAAAGAAAGUGAAGCAUGCUCACAGCUAUUUUGAUGAUUAAUCGAAAAAGGAUCACAAGGAUUAUGAUGAUGAUAAUGUAUAUUGUGACGUAAAUGAAUCGACACUGAAUCACGUGGCUGUCAUGGCACGAAUGAUCACAGAAAUAUAACCACAAAAAACGUCAAAGCGGGCACCGUAGUGUUGUUAAAGAUUUGCUGGCAAUGCAGCAACACCUGAUUCUGAAGAGAAAUUAAUCGAUCAGCUACUAAGUACGUGACAAUACCGACUGAUAAACCUUUUCUAUUAUAAGGUUCCAUAAGAUCGAUUCGGUGGUGACCAUCAUGUUGGACACGUUUGAAUUACGCAUGCAGGUGUGGUAUCAACACCACGAUGUUCAUAUUUGUUAGUAUGAUGAAAAUGGGGCAGCGACGGAAAAUGAAGGAAUCGUUCGUGAGUUUGAAGAAAAAAUAUGAAAAACGACCGGAAUAGGAAUUGGCGCAACAUAACUGAAAACGAUGCGGAAUACACGGCAAUGAAUGAUAUAUAUAUAUAAUGUUAAACACCGAACAUGACAAUGUUAGUUGGUUAUAAAAUCAGGACGAAAACACUACCGAUGACGACAAAUUAUAUGGAAUGGCUUCAAAGUUAUGAAUCCUAGCACGAAAUAUACUUUUGUUGGAUCGUGCAUUUAGUUUAUUA